GACACGAAGUUUCCAGUUUGUUUCUGACCUGGUCGAAGGUCUGAUGAGAUUGAUGGAAGGAGAACAUGUCGGGCCAUUUAACCUGGGUAACCCUGGUGAAUUCACCAUGCUCGAGCUCGCUAAGGUGGUUCAAGAGACGAUUGAUCCAAACGCAAGCAUAGAGUUCAGACCAAACACAGAAGAUGACCCUCACAAGAGAAAGCCUGACAUCACAAAGGCCAAAGAGCUUUUAGGAUGGGAACCUAAGGUGUCUCUUCGUCAGGGACUCCCUCUCAUGGUCAAAGACUUCCGUCAACGUGUCUUUGGUGACCAGAAGGAAGGCUCCUCCAUGGCUACAACCACCACCAAAACAACCUCAGCUUGAGCACACGCAGAUGCAAGUAGCAGCAGCCAUUGCGAGUUGGUUAAUGGUUUAUACCAAAAAAUACAAGGCACUGCUUGCAGCUACGAUUUGGAGGGAAGAGAGCUUCGUUAUUUAAAUUUUAUUUUGUUUUUGAGUUUUCUAUUAUGAUAUUAUAUUCGUGUAACGUAGAGUAUGAGUUUGGUACCUUUACUACUUAUUCAUGGACGUCACUACAGUUUAAGAAAACCCCUUUUGUGUU